GGAGUGAGCCCUUUCAUUUCUUCCCCCCCCCCUCCUCCUUUUUCCGACCUCUAUCCCCGACAUUGAUCUUCUCAACUGUCCUUUUCCUUCAUCGAAGCAAAAAGCAUCACCGCACGUCUUUCAAAACCUAAACGACGCUGUAAAGGGAAAAAGGAUUCCCCAACCACUUUCAAUUCUAACGUUUCCCAAGAACAAUAUCAAAGUAUCUCUCUCUCUCUCUCUCACACACACACACACAAAACAUGCGUAACGCAGCGACCGAAACGCUCCUCAGCACCGCCACCACAACCGGCAUGGCGCUGACGGAGGACGCCUUCGCAGAGUACAUGGACAACGUCGACCCCCUGCGAGAACACCGCAGUGCCUUUCACAUCCCCCCGAUGCGCGAUGGCACACCCUUCUCCUACCUGGUGGGCAAUUCGAUGGGCCCGCAGCACGUGGGCGUGGAGGCGGCUGUCGCCGGGUUCCUGAAGAAGUGGCGUGAUCAGGGCUGCGAGGGCAACACCAUGCAACCGAACCCGUGGUAUGAGGCAGACCAGGCGAACUUGAAGGACAUGGCUUCACUCGUCGGCGCCAAGGACGCGGAGGUGGCCAUCAUGAACUCCCUGACGGUAAACCUACACCUGCUCCUCACCGCGUUUUAUCGUCCACAGGGCACCAAGAAGAAGAUCAUGCUCGAGCACAAGAGCUUUUCCGGCGGCAAGUACGUCAUGAACUCGCAACUCGAGAUACGCGGGAUGAACCCGGCGGAGGACAUCAUCACUGUCACGGCCCCCGGCACGAAGAGCCACGAUGACCCGGCCACGUUGAUCCCGACGGAGGCCUUCCUGACGGCGAUUGACAAGUACGGCGACGAGACGGCGGUGCUUGUCUUUUCUGCGGUGCACCACGUCACGGGACAGUGGUUCGACAUCCCCGCCAUCGUCAAGGCGGCGCACGCGAAGAACAUCCUCGUCGGGGUGGACUGCGCCCACGCCGUCGGCAACGUGCCGCUGCAGCUGCACGACUGGGAGGUCGACUUUGCCUGCUGGUGCACCUUCAAGUUCCUCAACAGCGGCCCGGGCAACAUUGGUGGCAUCUUCGUACACAACAAGCACACCUCCAACACCACCACCCCGCUCAAGUACCUGAAAGGCUGGUGGGGCAACGACAGCAAGACUCGCUUUACGCCGCACCGCGAUUUCGAGCCGGCUCCGGGCGCGUCAGCCUUCCAGCUCAGCAUGGCCCCGGCUGUCAACUGCCAGAUCUUGGGCCCCUCGCUGAAACUGAUGGCCUCGGUAGGCCUGCCCGCCAUCCGUCAGAAGUCGCUGCUGCUGACGGCGUAUUUGGAGCUGCUUUUCACGGAGCUGGUGCCGCCAGGCUGUGUGGAGAUCAUCACCCCGGCGGAUCCAAAUCAGCGUGGCGCCCAGCUGUCCAUUCGCCUCCUGCUCAACAAACUCAAGGCGUCCGCGUUGGACUCCGCAGCCUAUGAGGUGGGCACCGGGGCGGAAGGCACUGAUGAUGCCUCUGUCCUGCAGCGCCAGCUUCUGGAUGAGGGGGUCAUGGUGGAGAAGCGCCCACCGGACAUGAUUCAUAUGGCGCCUGCACCAAUGUACAACAGCUUCGCUGACGUUUUGCGUGCGGUGCGCACCAUCGCCGAGCUCUUUUGA